AUGUCUACGUUUAGUUCUGUAUUGUCGGUAAGUGUCGGUUACAGGUUUCUUGGCGUAGAACCGGCACAGUAUAUCUACUUUUCAGAGAGAGCAGUUGAAAUUUUGAAACUGAAAUAUGAUCAAAUUAAUGCACUUAUUUAUGGAGUAGGGGGGCAACCAGUUGGUGUUGCAAAAAAGCUGGCUCAUUUUCAGUUCCUACCUAAGGAAAAGGGCUGCAAAGCUCUAACUUUGCAAGCUCUAGUUUUAUAUGAACCCACCUCCUAUCACCCACCCACUAAACCGGAUUUCAUUUCUAAUUCAGAUUUAAAGGCUUUAUCAUUGGCCGAUCCAGAUCCAUUCAGUGACCUUCCAGUAGAUUUUAUUCUAGGCGCAGACAAGCUUGGUUCUUGCUUGCUACCAGGGUUAAUCGAUGCUUCUUUAACACCUUCUGUUCUUUCUUUGAAUGCUAAUGUCAAGAUUUCAACCGAAGAAUUGCAUGAUGCAGUUGUGCGUUUUUGGAAUUUGAAAGAAAUACCUACUGCUCCAUCUUUGACAGAGGAGCAAUUGAAAUGUAAAGAACAUUUUAACUCGACUUUCAAACGCUUAUUAAGUGGUAGAUAUAUGGUUCGAUUGCCAUUUAAAAGUGGUCCACCUAUAAAUAUAGGUCAGUCAUUCGGAAGAACAAAAAUGAUUUUGGAUAGAGUUUUACGUCGCUUAAGGGGAAAGCCGAAACAAUUUGAAAUGUAUAAGGAUUUUUUAUCAGAAUAUCGCGAGUUAGGUCAUAUGCGUUUAGUAGAGGAGACCGAGUUUGACAAGUCUUCUCAAACUGUUUAUAUACCACACCAUGCUAUUCUUCGAGAGAGUAGUUUGACAACUAAAUUAAGGGUUGUUUUUAAUGCGUCAAGUCUCACUCCAAAUAAUACUUCUCUAAACUCACAUUUUUACAUUGGUCCACCAUUAUUGAAUGAUCUAGUUUCUAUUUUAAUUAAUUGGCGCAAAUAUCGCUACGUUCUUGUAGCCGUCGCAGAAAAAAUGUUUCGACAAAUAGUAAUCGAUCCAAGAGACGUAGAUUAUCAACGGAUCUUGUGUAAAAACUCUGAAGGUCAAUUGUUAGCUUAUCAACUUUUAACAGUUACUUAUGGUACGGCAUGCGCCCCAUACUUAGCCAACAGAGUAGUCAAACAGUUAGCUCAAGAUGAAGGUAUGAACUUUCCGUUAGCAAGGCCUAUAAUUGAGGAGAAUAUCUACGUUGAUGAUGUUUUCUUUGGAAAGGACGAUUUCGGAACAGCUAAAGAAACAAAGGAUCAAGUAGUUAAUUUAAUGAAAAGUGGGGGUUUUUAUUUGCGUAAGUGGGCCUCGAAUAAUAAUGCUUUAUUAAGUGAUUGCACCUCACACAAUCAUGAACGAGCUUUAGAUGAACAAUCAAUUGAGGGCACAUCUUUGAAAGUUCUAGGCUUAGGUUGGGAUCCCUCGUUGGAUUGUUUUCGAAUUGGAGUUAGUUUGGAAUUAAUUGAUAUUCCUACGAAAAGAACGGUUUUGUCAGUUAUCGCAAAAUUGUAUGAUCCACUUGGUUGGAUAGCUCCUGUUGUUGUUACUGCAAAACUUAUUAUGCAGGAAUUGUGGUUGCAAAUACCACGUUGGGUAGGUGCAGUUGUAACUAAUUCAAAUAGUGAACUGCACGGAUUCGCAGAUGCAUCCAAUCGUGCCUACGCGGCUAAUAUUUACCUUCGUGUUAUCGAUGAUUCCAAUAAAGUUCAUACUACUCUUUUAAUUUCGAAAUCCAGAAUCGCACCAAUUACACCGGUUAGUAUACCUCGUCUGGAAUUGUGUGCUGCAGUUCUAUUAUCAAAGCUCAUGAAAUAUGGCCUAGAGAAAUUGAAAUUCCAAGGUGUUCCUCAUUAUUGUUUCACUGAUUCAAGUGUUGUUUUAGCGUGGUUGGAAAAACAUCCCUCUACAUGGAAAACCUUUGUGGCCAAUAGAGUGGCAUUAAUUGACGAAUUAAUUCCUCAAGCACAGUGGCUUCACGUUACUACUGAGAAUAAUGCGGCCGAUUGCGCGUCUAGGGGUUUAAUGCCGACAGAAUUGCUCGAUCAUUCUUUGUUGUGGGGAGGGCCUGAGUGGCUUUCUCAUGAAUUGAAAAAACUUCCAAAAAGUGAUAAAUCGAUCUUUAAAUCAACUGAAUUGGAAAAGAAAACAGUAAAAUCGCAUUUUGCACAGAGUCGUUUAAAAAAUGCUCCAAUUAGGUAUGAUGAAAAGCAUCCCAUAAUUCUGCCAAGGCAUAAAAUUAGUGAAUUAAUUGCACAUCAUGCUCAUGUCAGAUGUUUGCAUGGAGGUCUUCAGUUAACCUUGUAUACAUUGCGGCAAAACUAUUGGUUCAUUGGGGCACUUUCUUCGGUUAAAUCAAUUAUUAAUAAAUGCGUUGUAUGCGUCAGACAAAGGGCAGCUGUUAGUCAACAGCUUAUGGGCGAUUUGCCUGACUUUCGAGUCACUCCCAAUCGACCUUUCAGUCAUACAGGAGUUGACUAUGCUGGCCCUUUCGAAGUGAUAUUGAGCCCAGGUCGAGGUUGUAAAACUCGAAAGGCGUAUAUAGCUUUAUUUGUCUGUUGUUGCACUCGAGCGAUCCAUCUUGAACUUGUUUCCGAUCAUUCGUCAGCAGCUUUUUUGGCUGCGUUUCAGCGUUUCGUUUCCAGAAGAGGUAAACCAUCUAAUGUUUAUAGUGAUAACGGUCGUAAUUUUGUGGGAACUGAGAGAGGUAAAACUGCAUCUUAUGCAAUUGAAAGCUGA